AUGUACACUGGCUUCCCACACGACCGACGGUUCAUGAUAUUCAACGUCGGCCAGGGCAAGAACAUGCACGUCGCAUACUUCCCCGAGAUGUGCCUGUUCACCACGGCUUUUGACGGAGAUGACGGUUCCUGGCCGAACAAGGUAAUAGUCACAUACGCCAAAGACCACGCGUUCGACAAGCCUGAGCAAAAGGUAUCUGCGGAAACAUUAGAGGUGCCCCUCGCUCCAGACACGAAUGGGCUCGAAGAGGUCGAGGUCACCAUGCACUCGAGUCCGUGUCUCGGAUUUGACAUGGGCGAGAAAUAUGACCAGUGGUUCAGUGACAGGUUCGGGUAUCAAGUGAAAUUGCUGUACAUAGGGAACAAUAAGAGGAAAGUGCUGGGAAAUAUGCCCCCGAAUGUGGCGGGAAGACAGAGGGAUGGAUUGGUCGAAGCGAAUGGUAAUGCAAACAACGGGAGCUCGUGGCUAAGUAAUAUCACAUCCACGGCCAGUUCGCUUGUCGGCGCCGUGGUUGGCUCCGGGUCUGGAGAGAAGGCGUAUGAGGGAAUCGACGACGGGAUAUCCUUUGCCGACGUCGCGCCCUACCUGGUCAUAAGUACUAAGAGCUGGGAAAACGCUCAGAGGAGACUACCCGAUGGCGAAGUCAUGGACAUUUCGAAGUUCCGACCCAAUAUUAUCAUCGAGGGUGCCGAGGAGGAGUUUGAAGAAGACUUUUGGGCCGAGUUGAAGAUUGGAAACGACGACAACCCUGCCAAGUUCAUCCUCACCCAGAACUGCACCCGGUGCAAUAGUCUCAAUGUCGACUAUAAUACCGGCAAAGUCGGCGAGGGCGAGGCGGGGAAGAUCCUGAAGAAACUGCAAAGUGAUAGGCGCGUGGAUCCGGGUGCGAAAUGGAGUCCAGUAUUUGGAAGGUAUGGGUUUCUGGCGAAAGUCUCGGAGGGGAAGGAGGCAGCGGAAAUCAAAGUCGGCGACGAUGUCAAGAUUGUAAGAAGAAAUGCUGAAAGAACACGGUUUGAAUGGCCAAAUCUCAGCACAAAUUGA